CUGGGAAAAAACACACACUGGAAAUGUAUCAUUUAAAAGUUCUCAGAUCAGUUCAUUUAUUAAACUUUUAUUUUCAAUCUCAUUCUUAAUAAACAAACGUGUUUUAGAACGAGCAUGUUGCAUGCUCGUGCGGGGUUAGGAGUCGCCUCGGUAGCUCGUGACAGAAGCUCCGAGUUCAAAAUCCAAAUGGAAGCGAAACCCGGCGAGCCAUCCGUGAUGAGAGCGACAAGCAAGGGGAGAGAUUGAAAAUGCGGAUGUCUCUUUGGAAAGAGAAAUGAGCGGAUCGAGAGAGCUGUGCGCUGACUGGAAGGAGAGCGAGAGAGAUGGAGGCGGGGGGAAGUCUCUCAGCUCUGCGGGGACUGGAGCGCCCGUGCCCUGGACCGGCGGCGCAGUGCUGGCUAACAUUCAACCCUCCCCUUGUUCCACAACCAGUUCCACACAAGCAGCGACAGGUAAGGUCUAAUCAGCGCCUCAUCCUAUCAACCGUUUCGUAAACAAACCUUGACAAAAUUAUGGGGAAAUAAUAAAUAAUAAUAAACACUGCAUGGUGUUAAAUCGUUCGCUUAUGUUUAUUUAGUAAAGCAGCCUCGCUUAAAUUCGCGUAGAAUUAAUGCAUAGCACGGUACAUUCCGAGGUCGCCUUACCCGAAUUUCCCGUCCUGUGACUCGGGGAAAAACAUCCGCUAUCAUAAUCUUUCGUCGUUUAAAAUAUCUUAAUCUUACCCAAGUACCUGCGAACAAAUCCAUGUAAACGCAAGAAAGGUACCUCCGCCGUUGUUUGGAGCCCUUGCGGUUGUCUUUAUUUCCGAGUCGAGACUCCAUGAGGCUUGUGGAGGGAAGAACCAGCCGUCUCUGGUUCGCCAUCAGGGAGCUCGGUUAUAUAUCUCACCGUGUGGGCUUGUUUUCGCUUGCGCCUAUCUUGCCUUCUUGAAGGCAAAGUUCGCGAUCACAGUCUUCAGUUGAUCGAUCAUCUGUGUUUAAUAGACAAACCUGUCUCUGAAGUCCCUGCUGCCAUUCGCCGCCAUACGGCUGCAAACGCCUCGCUUUCACCCCGUGUUCUUCGUCAGUCAAAAGUCGGGGUAAACAACACUUUUUUUACGUGAUUUGAAACAAUGAAUGGAGAAAUGGAUUCAUCUGCUAAAGACCCUGCUGCUGUUUGGCACCAGGAUGACAUGUUGAAGCUUUUGGAUGCCAUGAAGGUAGCCCUGCCAGACAAGGAUCUUUCCAAGUACAAGACCUCUGAGUCCCAUCUGGAUUGGGAGAAAGUGGCUUUCAACCCGUACUCUGCAGAGAUGUGCAAACAGAAAUGGCAGGAGGUUUCACGUGAGAUUCGCAAAUUUCGCACCCUCUCCGAGCUGAUCGUGGAUGCACAGGACUAUGUCAAAAAUCCAUAUAAAGGAAAAAAACUGAAGAAACACCCAGACUUCCCUAAGAAGCCACUGACACCGUACUUCCGCUUCUUUAUGGAAAAGCGUGCCAAGUAUGCUAAACUACAUCCAGAGAUGAGCAACCUAGAUCUAACAAAAAUCCUAUCCAAAAAAUACAAAGAGCUCCCAGAGCGGAAAAAAGAUAAAUAUGUUAAAGAUUUUCUCAGAGAAAAGGAGUCGUUCACGCAGAACAUGACAAAGUUCAAGGAGGACCAUCCAGACCUUGUGGAGAACGUUAACAAAAAGUCUAAUGUCCCAGAGAAGCCCAGGACACCCCAGCAGCUGUGGUAUUGCCAUGAAAAGAAAGCCUUUCUCAAAGCACACCCAGAUGCGACCACCAAAGACAUCAAGGACAAUCUUGGGAAGCAGUGGCCGCAGCUCUCAGACAAGAAGAGGAUAAAGUGGAUUAAGAAAUCACUGGAACAGCUUAAACUAUACGAGGAGAAGAUGCGCGAGUUAAUCCAGCAACAUCCAGAGAUGAACCUUACAGAGGAAGACAUUGUAAAAUCCACUCUCACCAAAGCAGAGAGACAGCUCAAGGACAAGUUUGAUGGGCGACCAGACAAACCCCCAUCUAAUGGUUACUCGAUGUUCUGUGCUGAGCUGAUGUCCAAUAUGAAAGACGUUCCCAGUACAGAACGUAUGGUCAUGUGCAGCCAACGUUGGAAACUACUCAAACAAAACGAGAAAGAUGCUUACCAAAAACGCUGUGAACAGAGAAAGAAAGAAUACGAAGUUGAGAUGAAUCGCUACUUAUUGAGUAUCUCAGAAGAGGAACAGCAAAGAAUACUGUCCGAACAGAAGAUGGGAAGCUUUAAAAGGGGUGGUGGAGGCACUAGCCCCGCAUCAAAAAAGAAGAACUCAAAGGCAAAGUCCAGCCCAGAGAAGCCCAAGCCCCCUGUGUCGGCAAUGUUCAUUUUUUCAGAAGAGAAGCGCCCAAAACUUCAUCAGGAAAGGCCUGAUCUAUCUGACAUGGAGCUCACGAGACUGCUGGCCCGUAUGUGGAACGAGCUUUCUGACAAAAAGAAGGAGAAGUAUAAAAAUCUGGAGCUGACGUUAAAGGCAAACUCAGAGAAGCAGCUCAAAGAUGAUAAAGGAAAACUACCAGAAACACCCAAAACGGCUCAGGAAAUCUGGCAACAGAGUGUCAUUGGAGACUAUCUUGCCCGAUUCAAGGGUGAUCGAACAAAAGCCCAGAAAACCAUGGAGGCAACGUGGAACACCAUGGAGAAGAAAGAGAAGAUUGUCUGGAUCAAGAAGGCUGCUGAAGACCAAAAGAGAUAUGAGAGAGAGCUAAGUGAGAUGCGAUCCCCUGCUCCAGUCAUCACACCAGGAAAGAAAAUGAAAUUUGAUGGGGAACCGAAAAAACCGCCCUCAAAUGGUUAUCAGAAGUUCUCUCAGGAGAUGCUGUCCAAUGGCGAACUCAACCACCUCCCUAUGAAAGAGCGAAUGGGUGAGAUUGGGGGCCGUUGGCAGCGGCUUUCUCAGAAAGACAAAGAUCGAUACAAGAAAAUGGCAGAGGAGAAACAGAGGCAGUACAAAGUGCUGCUGGAACAGUGGCUCGCGAGUAUAUCAUCACAAGAGAGAGCUACAUAUAAAGAAUACAAUUCUCUGAAAAGAAGGAGUACAGCAAAACCAGGAGGCACCACUGCUAAAGUUAAAGCCAAAGCUCAACGAUCGAAAAAAGUUGAGGAAGAGGAGGAGGAGGACGACGAUGAUGAAGAAGAAGACAAGGAUGAAGAUGACGACGAAGAGGAGAAGGAAUCUGAUGAAGGAUCAUCGUCUGGAGAUGACAGUGACGAUGAUGACGACGAUGAUGAUGAUGAAGACGGUGACGAUAAUAACGAGGAAGAGGUGGAGGACGAAGAGGUGGAGGAUAAAGAGAAUAAAUCGGAAAGCAGCAGCAGUGCCUCCAGCUCUGACGAUUCGUCGGGUUCGGAUUCAGACUGAGCCAGAGCCGAGUCAGGCUGAGCCCACAGACUGCCAGAAAUGCUGUUGAUCUGAGCCAUGAACCCAAUGGUCUGAGCCUGCUCUUGCACUGCGCUCGUUUCACCACCAGAGGGAGCUCACCCCACUGUAACACAUCUACUACACCCUCCCGCUUCACCCACAGUCUUUACCUCUGCUUCUGUUCCAUCCGUUUCCCAGACUUCUGGGUUUUAUUUGUUCCUCACUCUCUCUGAAUUUGCUUGGCAAGGCAUUUUAGGAGAAUGAAAUGUGCACAUGGAUGUAUAUUCGAAAUUCCUCCUGCAGAUCAGAGAAAAGCGUGUAGAGCUCUGCUAUUGGCUUAUGAGGCAUUAUUAAGGUGCACCAUGUUUAUCAUUUACGUGUUUUACUAUUUCAAAGGAGGACAUAGAAAGCACCAGGCGCCAUUUUCUUUUUUUUUCAUAAAGGAGCCAAAGAAUCUUAGUUCGCAGAUUAUUUUGGGAGGUACAGCGGACCAAAUAAUUGCACUCUAAAGAAUGUUUGCUCUCUUUCUCCAUCUGUACCUCCUUUUGUUUUUGUUUUCUAUUAGCAUCGCUCCUCUGCAGGCCCCUCGUUUAUUUGCUUUGCUUCGGUUCAAAAAUGUGGUAUUUUCAGGAACAUUGAAGCCAUUUUGAUUGUCGCCGCACGGACCCCUUUGGUCUCUUCUUGUUUGUGAGACACCCUUACCCGCACCUUAGGGGGGGUGUUAAAGGUGAAAACUGACUCUUUUCAUCCUGCUAUAGGAACGUUGCCCAUAGUUGUUCUGCAAUGUGGUUGUGACGUAGUCACAGAACAGCGGAUGGAUUUGAGUUUGCUGUUCAUGUUACAUGAUAAUGACUAGUUCAUAAGUUAAUUGUUUGCAAACACAAGUUCUUUCAAAAAUAGCUUUUUUCACAGACUGGGCACUAAAUGUUUUCCCUCCUAUUUUGUUAAUGCUGAUUUUUUUAUUUUAAAGAUGAUUUCUUGUUCUUUUCAACCACUGUUUUACUUGGUGCUCAAAAAAACUGUUUCCUUUUUAAAACUUAAUUGAGAUCUGUUUUAAAUAUGAUGGAUUUGAGCUACCCCACAAUUCAGUGCACUUACGAUGCUCACAAGUCCAGUGUUGUUUUAAGAUUUUUAUUUUUACAUUUCAUCCAUCACCCCAUAGCUUCAAGGGUUUUGUACGCACCAGCUCAAGGAAUGUAAUGGAGAUGUUUUAUUUAAAGGGGAUAUCAUUAUUUGUUGUGUGUUUAUGUACAUAUGAACAGUUUUGAGUGCGACUGGUACAUUCUCUUAUUCCAAUGUCUCAACCAGACAUCGCAACUAAUUUUGAUAUGAGCUACAUUCAAUUAUUCUCAGUAUUUCUACAGAGCCCCCAAAGUGAUGCAAACAGUAAAUUAACCUUUUUCUAACUUAAUUGGGCAUUUGCAAAAAUAUAUUUUAAAAAGAAAUCAAACUAAUUAUUUUUUAUUUUGGAUGAGAGUCAUCAUUUGACAACUGGGUGCGGAUGCUGUAUCCUGUUCUAGGCAUUUCAUGUCUAGUGCCCAAUAUGAAGUUCUGUGUGAUGCAGAAUGUUGUUAUUGACUCAGUUUGGAAAAGCAAUUGAUGAUUUAGGCGAUGGGCUGGAAUAGGAGACAAAUCCGGUCGACCUUUCAAAAUGUGUUGUUUUAUUGGAUUUGAGAUCUGCAUAUAGACCUGGGCUGCGUUCAGUGCUAUUGUAAGGUAUUUGUAAAUAUGGCUUUAUUUUUUUCCCUUUGUAUUGAGUGAAUUGUUUUUUCAGUUGGCUAAACAAUUUACGGUUUAGUUAAAAUGAGUUGUUUGUCAGUUGGGGAAAGUUUUUAAUUUGGUAUGUUUUAGUUUUUACUCCUCCCCAUCUUUGUUUAUUUGUAGAAAUGGCAAAAAAGAACAUCUUAAAUUUGUACUACAGAUUUGAAAAAUUUGGACAUUUUCUAUAGCAAGAAAUGUUAUAUCUCUGCUAUUUACAAUUUGGGCAAAUAAAUCUCUUAAACCGUU